AUGUCCUCACUUGUUACUAGCAACUCAGACGUCAUCCAAAGAGAUAUUGUGGUUAUUGGCGGAGGUGCUUCGGGUGCCUACGCUGCCGUCCGCUUGUGCGAUGACUUCAAUAAGAGUAUUGCGCUGAUCGAGAAUUUCCUCAAUAUCAGUAAAUCGAUGGAUUUCUUUGCCCGGUUCAACAUCCUAGUAACCACGAACUCUAUUACGUCCACUGCAACUACUGAGUACUUCGACUUUAAUACCGGUAAAAAGGUUGGCUUCAAUGUGCCCUCGGUAGCUACCCAGAUCGCAGCUAUUUCAAAGUUCCUUAAGGUGAUCGAGACGUGGGAGUCGAUGUUGCGACCAGGCUACUGGAACUUUCCGGAGCCCAAGAAUAUCCCCGCCGACUUUCUGAUUCCGUUCAAUGAAUUCCUUACCAAGUACGGCGUUGAGAAGGCAGCGCCUCUUAUGUACUCAUCAACCGGUCUCGGUGUCGGAAAUAUGAGCGAGGUAACAACUAUGUUUGCGCUGCAAGCCUUCGGUUGGGAUAUGGCACGCGCUAUGACCGGCGAAAUGGCAUUGUACAAACCGAUCUCCGGCGGCAAUCAGGCCCUUUAUAACGCCAUCGAAAAAGACCUUGGUAAUGAUGUCGGUGUCUUCUUCACCGUCCGUAACCACGAGACUGGUGAAAUCACCCGUAUCGCCGCGCGUCGCCUCCUCGUUGCCAUUGAGCCCAGCCAAAGCAAUAUGAAACCUUUGGACCUUAGCCCCUGCGAGUGGAAUACCCUAUCAAAGUUCGACUUCUCCAACGAGUUCUGUGGCUUGGUGGACAACGCUGCUAAUAGAAAACCCCAAUAA